UGCAUCUCAGCUUCUUGUGCAGCAGGCUCUUAAACAAUGUCUCCGCGUUGGGCUCUCAGAUUAGUUUGGCUUAUUUGCGCAGUAUCACCUGUUUAUGUAGUAAGCGAUGCUUAUGAUUGUGCCAGAGCACACUUUGAACAACACCCUGGGAAUUUCAGAUUUCGCACAGGUGGUUGGUUGUUACACAGUGGAAAUGGAAUGAAGGGUUUUCACGUCAAGAAAUGCAGGAUUUGGAGGGGAAAAUGGACGGCUGUAGUGAAAAAGCCGAUGGCAGCAAUCAAAACGCUUUGAUGACUGUAUACAAAAAUGUGCUGGCUUGCUGCGGUGAGGAGGCCUACAAUCCAGUCAAUGAAAUAUGCUGUGACUCAGCCAUCAGAGUGAAACCUGCUGUUAAGAGCAAGUGUUGUGGUAAAAAGGCCAUCAAUGAGGAUAAGCAGUUGUGCUGUCAAAUCAACAAGACGAUAACAAGGACUUCAAGUCUAUACCAGUGCUGUGGAAGUGAAGAGUAUAACACUGAGACUCACUGUUGUGAUAGCGAAUUACAAAUCAAACCAUUCGGUAAUAGUUCCAUUACCUCAAGAAGACAGGUUGAUGACUGUGAACCAGAAAGCAAAAUCUGGACCGAUCAGCACUACUGUGGGCCUAAAGUUUUCAGACCUGAAAAAGAGAUCUGCUGCAGUGGACACAGAUAUAACAAAGCAGGAAAUGAUCACUGCUGUGGGGUGAAAGCCUACAACAUUACAGACCCAAAGAUGAAGUGCUGUGCAGGAACACUGCACCGUCUCACAGCUGCAACUGCAAAUGGCGAGUGCUGUGGAUCCAUUCUGUACACAGAGGGUGUUUGCUGCCUGAGUGAGGAUAAAGAGGUGUUCUACUCUGCAAAGACAGAUUUCAGAUGUUGUGGACAUCUCUACUACAACACCUCUCUGUGGUCAUGCUGUGCAGGGAAACUGAGACCUCGGAAAUCAGGGGUGUUCCACAACUCCACAAUUUUGUCCUUGAACAAACUGAAUCAAGCAGAACUUUGCAACCCAAUAAAAAUUGGGACUGUGGAAAGUGUAUCUCAGCACAGCAUCGUGUUCAGCAGUUUGCUGGAAAUCAAUGGGCAAAUUGCUUCUUUGAAACCUCUGGACUGGCAUUAUUCCUGGAACAAACCUUAUUUACCUGAACUAACUCCUGGGAAGACUUAUUUCUUCAAUGACAAUAAUGUCUUCAUUGAUUUCAAUCAUGACUCUCUUCUUCAGUCGAUCCGUUUCAUUAUUUCCAAAUGUUCGUCUGGUUAAUCUGGUUAAUCUGCUCCAGUGUGCAAUAUGAAAUUAGUUCUCAGAGAGUGACAAAAGCUUCAGUAGUAAAAUAUGUACUUUGUGCAGUCAAAGUCAUGCAAUAAGAUGGUGCACUAAAUAGUGUGUUGUCUGCGUUCUCAUAGUGAGUUCUCAUAAAAGCUCUUUACAGUUUUGUUCUUCAGAUUUUUUUCUUUUCAAAUUUGUAUUAUGUAACAAAAAACAUAAAAACUGCAGUUGUUUGGGCGGAUGCGAUUUUUCGCUAACUUACUCUGCUAUCAACAAUAAAAGCUAAAUAUGCAGGUGCCCUGUGAUGUCUGCAUAUUUAUCUGUAACUGUGUUUAUAUUGUUUAUUUCUUAAUUGUUACUCAAUAGCUAAUUUUUCCCUGAGGUCUUUGUUCUGUGUUACUAUAUAUUCACAUUUAUACAAAAAUCAGUUAUCAUCAUCAUCAUAAAUGUAUUCAUAUUUUAUCCAAUGAAUAAAUUUUUAAAGAAUA